CGUCAAUCAUCCACGUCAGAUUUGUAAACUGAUUAUCCUAUAAUUUCCAAGAUAUAUUUUAAUAUAUUUUAAAAAUUAAAAUUUAAAAUGAAUUCCAAAAUUUUCAUGUUGGCUGUUGGUUUAGCAGUUUUUGCAUUACUUGGCAGCAUCGAGGGAAUGCCACAACCAGCAGAUUCUGGAGCUGCUCUUGCAACUACUAAAUCUGAUUCAGCUGCUACACCUUCUGCAACUACUAAAUCUGAUUCAAAUGCUACAACUCUUGCACCUACUAAAAGUGGUUCAGAUGCUACAACUACUGCAACUCCUGCAGAGGAGCCAUCAAAAUUUUGGACAUUUAUUAAAUGGACUGUUGGUAUUCUUAUUCUCGUCGCAGUUCUUGUUGGAGUUGGCUAUGCUUUGAUUAAAUUCAAAGUUAUCAAAUGCUAAAUUUUGACAUUAUAAACACUUUUUUUUCAAUUUUAAUAAUUUCUAGACUCAAUUGUUGUCAUAAAUUAUGUUUACUAACUAACACGUAUUUUUAAUCAAUUUCAAGUAUAA